AUGCCUUUGAUCCCAAUAAGCCUUGUGCUUCACCAGCAAAGGCAACUUGUUCAACGUUGCUCCUCGAGGUUAUUUUUAUCCAUCAUGCGAUGUUGAGAAUCGAGAUCGUUUCUGACCGGUACGCGUUCUAUACUAGAAGAGCCACGGGAGUCAUAGUGUGCGGAGAUAAGUACGGUAUCAGAACUUUCCGUCUUAGCAUCAGAUCGGCAAAUGACAUUAAGUGCGAAGCCCUCCAAGAACGGUAUGCACCUGCACACCCCAUACACAUCCUCGAACUGCAUCUCCAACGCCUUGGUAGCAACCCACAAGCCAUGGUGGCACGAAUGUCUGGAGAAAAUGCCCGACGAUCCGUCUUCAUUAACAAGGUAUCGGAUGUCCUUGAGCAUCUGUUCCACAAAGAUUCCGUUGACGGUGCCUACUUCCAGAGCGGCGAAUCAGAGGGAAACAAGGAGGUCGUGAACGCGCUCGGUUGCAGUGAGAAAUUGGAGUGUAUGAUACAGGCAAAACGUCCUGGAAGCGAAGCAGACGAGUGGACAGAGGAUACGUACAACGACAACCCUGGAGUUGACGAUGCAGUAGACAAAAACUGGGCCAGACUACUCGCCUGCAAACAGGACAGUGCUCAACAGCGGUAGCACAUACAUUACAGUCUUUCCGAUACCUGAAGUCAUACACUGCGUAUGCAUGGGCCUUCCCGGCCUCGGUUCCACUGUGCAGUCAUACGUGGGUGAAACAGCCCAAACGUGCAGUGAAACUAGCAUGUACACCUGCAACUCGGUAGCAAGCGUAAACUGCAGUCUCCACUGGACGACCUAUGCAGUCUACCCCAUUUCAACAUCAAUUGCUUCAACGAAGGACUCCGCUAGGAACAAGUUGACCGGUGGACAGUGGGUAAGAGGCAAGCGGUG